UCUGUAAACCAAUCAGCGUUCAUCUGUCGAAUAGAGCUUGGCUUUCAGUGCUCAACAUCAAAUUCAGAAAUUCUUUAUGGUUUUUUUACCCGCCGGCCUAGUGCUCUGUCAAACAAACCGUGCAGUUUAGAGAUUUUUCUUUCUGUGAUGUCUGCUGCUUUAUCUUUCGUGCUCUGAGCUUAGACAUAAGAGGUUGGAGUUAAGACACAGAGAUGAAGAAGUUCUUCUUUUUCAGAUCAUCAGCACACAGCAAUGGGAACACCAGUCAGGCUCAACCACCAUCAAGGGAUAAGCAAGUAUCUGAAAACCAGACAUUUGGUACCAGCCCAUAUCUUAGAAGGAGCCUUUCCUACUCAUCAGGAAACCCUUAUAAUGGUGGGUUAGGAUACAGGAAUUUGAACAGUCAAAGUGGGUCUCCUUGUAGUAGUAGUAGUAAUAUUCCACUCAAGCAAUCGGGUCGCCAUUCAUCUCGUGGCCGUGACUUUACUCCCGAGAGGCGACCCAAAGCAAAAUGCUUUGAAGCGGCUGCUGCUCAAAAUGCAAGGAGAGUAGAGAAACCAAGUUGUGUUACUUCUUCAACAGCUCACUGUGAUUUAUCAGAAAACUCUUCAUAUAGCUCCAGCAAUGUCUCAACUAAAGUUUUGGAUCGUUAUAUUGAUGGGGAACAAAAGCAGGAAAAUAGCUCAUUAAAGAUCAAUCCUUUAAUGAGAGAUCAAAUGGGAAAUGGAAAUGACAGUGGAAAGCAUGCCCCACGAGUUCAGUAUGAGCAACCUGCUUCACCAACAGAUAAUAGGAAACAAAAACCAAGGUCUCAUUCUUUCCGAGAAGCUAAAGGAUCUAAUGUAUAUUUUCCAUCAAGAGAGUGGGUGGAUAACGGAUUUGGGCAUGAAUCUCCUCGGAAACUUGCAAAGCAUGUGAUUGAGAGACUCUCUCAGACUCGGGGUUUGCCGAAAACUAGUUCAGAAGAAUUUGAUUCUGAUGUUCCAAUCACAGUUGAAGAUAUCUAUGGGAGAUCCUUAAAUAAUGACCCUAGUUUAUGUUCUGAUGGAGUUUCUCUUAAAGAUUUUACCCUGGACGGGCCAGAUAAAACCAGUAAUGGAUAUCAACAUGAAGAUUUCUCAGGCUUCCUGGAAAGAAUUUGUUCCUCUGCAGAUAACUGUGGCAUCAUAAACCCUGUUGAGGCUGAAGAGGAUAUGGAUGCCUUGUUACAUUUGAAAUCCAAGAAUGCUGAGGAGCGGGCCAUGUUUCUUUCUGAAGAGCUUGAGCACCAAAACUUUCUUCAAGAUAUUGGGCACAGUGGACCAGCAUUGAUUCAUGCAAUUAAAAACUUAGCAGAGCAGAGAGUAAACAUGGCAUUUGAGGUUUCAGCCACACUACGGGAUCGAAUUGCUGAGAGGACUACAGCCAAGGACGAACUCAGACUAGCAAGGGUGGAACUGGACUCCCGUACUCAGAGAUUGGAGAAGGAGAAGAAUGAGUUACAGGUGGCACUGGAGAAGGAGUUGGACAGAAGAUCAUGCGAGUGGUCGAUGAAGCUUGAGAAAUACCAGGCUGAGGAGCAUAGGCUGCGUGAGAGGGUUAGGGAGCUCGCAGAGCAGAAUGUUUCCCUCCAAAGGGAAGUCUCUUGCCUUACUGAGAGGGGUAUGGAGAGUAAGAGCAGGAUUACAUAUUCAGAGCAGCAACUCAAGGACUUGACUACAAAAGUGGAGGAAGCAAGAGAGGAGAAUCAAAUCCUUCAACGGAAUCAUUCUGAUUUACAAGAAAGGUGGAGAGCAGCAGAAGAAGAUCAAGAUUGCUUCCAAAGAACCUAUGAGGAGAAAGAGAAAGAGUUUAAAGAAUUGCACAAAUCUAUUAGUAGAUUACUAAGAACUUGCAGCGAACAAGAGAAGACAAUUGAUGGACUGCGAGAAGUGCUUGGUGAGGAAGUUAGGAAGAAGACAUCUCUGGAGAACUUCGAUGACCAGUUUGGGAAGUUGCAAAUGGAGCAAACGAGGUUGACAGGAGUGGAACAAGCUUUGAGAAAGGAGGUGGAAUCCUGUAGGCUUGAAGUUGAUUGUCUCAGGCAUGAGAAUGUGAACCUAUUACACCGCCUAAAAGGCAGUGAGAAGGCGGGUGGCUUUUCAACUUUCAAGCUAGAUCAGGAACUGUGGAACCGUGUUCACUGCUUGCAACAUCAAGGGCUAUCAGUACUUACAGAGAGCAUCCAGCUUUGUACAAAGUUACUAGAGCACAUCAAAGUAAAUACAGGCCGCAAUUCAGAAAGUAGGCAGGGCAUUGAAGUCUGUAAGAAUGGCUUAAAUGGACACUUUGUGGUUGAGUCGGAUGUGAAACUCCAGGGUUUCAAGCGGGCUACAGAAAAUCUAAAAAGGAGUUUACAGACAAUGUCUGCUGUGUUGCACGAGAAGUCUUCUUGCUACUUGGGGGAAUCUGAGUCUCAUAAGUUGGGGGAUGAGUCAGGCCAGAGAUCGGAGGACAAAAUACGAUCAGAGCUUAAAGCUGAAACUUUACUAACGAGUUUAUUGCGAGAGAAACUGUACUCCAAAGAACUAGACAUGGAACAACUUCAAGCUGAACUGGCAACAGCUGUUAGAGGCAAUGACACUCUCAGAUGUGAAGUGCAAAAUGCCAUGGAUACAUGCUCUUGUGUAACCCACAAGAUGAAAGAUCUCGAACUUCAGAUGAUUAAGAAGGAAGAGAGUAUGAACAGACUUCAAAAUGAUUUGCAAGAUUGUACAAGGGAAUUGACUAUUGCGAGGGGUAUACUACCAAAAGUAUCUGAGGAGAGAGAUUUGAUGUGGGAGGAGGUGAAGCAGUACAGUGAGAAGAACAUGCUGUUGCAUUCGGACAUUAACAUGUUGAAGAAGAAGAUAGAGGUCCUUGACGAAGAUAUACUCCUUAAAGAAGGUCAGAUCACAAUUCUGAAAGACUCAUUGGGCAAACCUUUUGAUCUUCUUGCCAGCCCCGACUCUACCCGAGAAUUCUUGCUGGACUGAUUGUUUGUGAGCACAACACGUUCGCUUGGGUGCGCAUUCUAAAUAUGUUUAUACUUCUCAGUUUGUUUCGUUUACAUUUUUGCCUUUUUUCUUUCUUAUUUUUCAUGUGGAAGAAGUAUAAGAAGUCUCUUGAUUUCGUUGAACUUCCUCUGGGAUUUUUCUGUUGGAUUCUUUUGUAAAUGGGAUUGUUUGUUGUGAAGUGAAAAUACAUG